AUGAUGGUCGCUUGCCUGCUCCUCUCCAGCAUCUGGACCGUUGUGUCAGGCUCCGUGCAGGUGAUGCACAGAAAGGUCCAGGCAGUCCAGGCAGGAGGAAACGUUACUUUUUCAUGCCGGUCGGUCACAAAAGAAGAUGUGCUACAGGUGACCUGGCAGAAGGAGACGGACGGGGCCGAAGACAACAUAGCGACUUACAGUACAAUGAACGGCCAAACGAUAGCAAAGGGUUACGUCGGCCACGUGAGCUUUGCCCACAGUGAGUUACAAGCCUCAGCCAUCUCCCUUCGUGGAGUCACCCUCCAAGAUGAAGGAUGCUACAAGUGCAUUUUCAAUACGUUCCCCUCGGGGGCUGUCACUGGCAGGAUGUGUCUCAAGGUUUACGCCAUCUCAGACCCCAUAGUGGAGGCUAAGCUUAUACCCAGUCCAGACAAAGCUGAGGACUCUGAGAAAGUGGUGGGGAUGAGCUGCUCAGCAACAGGGAAGCCAGCUCCAAAAAUCACCUGGCGCCUUCCCAGCACCCUGCAGCAGAAACCAAGGGAGUACCACAUCAGGCUCAGCAACCAGACCGUGACUGUCAUCAGCAAUUUCACCCACACACACUCCAAAAUCCUCCAGGAGUAUCCCAUUGCCUGCGUGAUCCAACACCCCUCUCUAAACAUGACCCUAGUCCUGCCCAUGGACACCGUGGUGCAGGGUCCAGACAGCAGCGUGUCACCAGCCAUUGCCAUUGCAGUGGGUGUGCUGGUCUCCCUGACUUGCCUUCUCCUUCUCGCCUGUCUCCUCCACCGCUGCCUCAGGCACCUACGUGACCCGGAGAGAAACCCAGCCCAGCCAUGCUGGCCAGUGCAGCUUGUGGAGGAAGCAGCUUCGAGGACCUGUCUCAAACGAAAUGGGGGCUUUAGAGGAAGAGCGCGCCUCUGUGCGGAACGGCCAGGGAAAGCCCAGGGUGCUGCACUGCGGCAGGGGCCGAGGUGCUGCUGGUUGCCCACUGAGGCCAUCCUGGCACAAGGGGUGAAGGAAGCAAGCUUGACGCAGCACGAGAGAUCAGGCCAAGACCACAGCCAGCCUGAACUUGUAACCCAGGUGCCAGGCUUCAAGCUAGGAGUCAUCGGGCACGAGGAAGUUGCCAACGUCGACUUCCACUAG